AUGUUACUGGUAAUUAUUCUUCUAGCAACUACACACGCCAGGAUCUUUCAUAAGCCACGAGAAUUCCGCUGUCAAUCGUUGGUUGUUUUCGGCGACAGUCUUUCAGAUGAUGGCGUUGAAGCUACUGGAGAAUCACAUGGUUUCACCCGGAAUUCAAAUGGGAAAAUAUGGCCGGAAUAUGUUGAAAGAAUGCUUCAAUGUGACGAGUACAUCAACUACGCGUACAGUGGUGCAAAAAGUGGGCAAGACAACUUCUACUUCGAAGGAUGGUCUGGUGUUGGUUGGCAGGAACAGGAAACAGAGAAGCAAUGGAGCAAUGGGAAAAACGAUGGGAAGCUUACAUUUGAACAUUCAUUUGAGCUAGAUCGAAACUGA